AUGACUCAAUGCUCGCUCAUGCCCCCUCGUCCCAUGAGAAUUUCCUCGCAACCUGUAGCCCUUUCCUGUGUCAGCGCUGACACUCGCCCGUGGGGGCUGAUGGAGAACUUGUUCUCGGGUCAUACGGUCGCUUCGCGGCGUUACGAGACACUCACUACCAGAGCCGUAACAGUAGAGGGGAGCGAAAUCGAUCGUGUAUUGUUACACAUGCUUUUUCGACAACAUCGAUAUUUCGGAAAGGAACGAGAGGCCUUUUCAGAGGUUCUUCAGAUAGUCAAUGGUACAGAAACUAUCAAAAUGGCACUAUGCGAACUCGAGUCGUUAUACACGGAAUCUUCUGCACUCGGCUCAUAA